CCUGGCUGCUCGGCUCGUGAGCCCAAACUCUGCAUGAGUCCAGGGAGACGAAGACGAGAACAGGAGCACCGCGGCCACCUUAGAGGGAAGGUUCACUGAGUAAGUUCAGGGGUGACUGCAGAAGGUUUUCCUUGGCCGGCGUACAAGUAAACACCUGCAUCCGGCUGGAUGUGCCCUCCAUGGAAGCAGGCAGCCAGAAGCGGCCAGGGUGUGGUGAGCCGUGUGGGCUUCCCCCGCUCUCCUGUGGCAUCUUUCUGACUCUUGUUUUUCUGGCUGGAUCUGCCGCCGUUUUUCUGGACACUCCUCCUGGGCUCUGAUGCAACUGUCCACCUCCGGAGGAGUUGCUUUUGUUGCUCCAGGUUGAUCCUGAAUGUCAAGGGACUUGCGCAGUUCUUGGCGACGAUGAAGAUAUUCAAGGAAAGCUUCCUGCCCUGGGUUUUUUUCCUGCUGCCGUUGUCUUCGCUCACCAGCCGCCUUUGCAGGAGGAAGCCAAGGCAUAGGUCUGUGUUGUGAUAUUUUCAACUGCGCUGCCUGUUCUUGACAUAGCUGAAAACAAGCGAGGAGGACCGGAGGCAGGUUCAGACCUGAUACACGAGCCUGGGCAGGUCCAUGGAAGCUCCUGACACAUUCAACAAGGAAGGGCCCAGUCGUGCUUGAAGGUGCGGGACCCAGAGAAGAGAGAAAUGGGGCUGCUGAGGUCAGAAGGGAAAGCCAACAAGAUGUGAAGCCACAGGUAAAACCAGGUGUAUGGAGCAGGGAAAAAGGUCCAAAGAGAAGACAUAGCUUGCAAUAGCUUGCAAUACGGGAAGUUGCUGGGAGGCUACCAGGAUGGAUUCGCUGGGCAGAGACGUGCAGGAGGAGACCUAUGUCUUAGUAGAAUAUGCCUUUGAGUAUGUUUCCAAGGACGGGCGGCUGAUAUCAAUCAAACCCAAUGAGAGAUACAUCCUUUUAAGGCGGACAAAUGACCACUGGUGGCAUGUUAGGAAAAGCAAAGAAACCCGGCCUUUCUACAUCCCAGCCAAGUAUGUCAAAGAGCUGGGUCCCAUCAUCCAGACUGUACCAUCUUUGGAUAUGCUGCCCCCCAAAAGCUUGGAGAAUCCCAAUUUAGGAGCCUCUGUUGAGCCUGGCAAGGAGCAUCCACCGGAGUAUGUGUAUCGGUUUGUGAAUGCUGAUCAAGAAGGUGAUGCAGAUACCUCCCAACACCAGUCCAUCUCUUCUGGAGCAGGAGAGACAGUCUCUUCGGACAUCAGUGAGAAGGCACAGCCCUUCAAUUCUGGAGUAAAAAGACCUCCAAUUAGCACAUCUCAUGGAUCGCUUAAACCUUCCUACAAAACAGACUCAGGUUACCUCCAAGAGAACUCUGGCGCUUCCACUGAACAUAUGAGGCCUACAGUGUCUCUGGAUGAUUUGGCAAGGUUCACCCCUCAUGGCCAAGUAGGCGAUGUCAGAAAUUCAGGAUUGUACAAAGCAGCUUCAUGGGACCACCCCCAUCCUUGCCUGAAGAGCAGUUUGGAGAACCUCCAUAAAGUAGCUGAGGACAGGGCAGACAUACUGGAGAAGAAUGAUGAAAAGCCACAUGAGGAAGAAACCCCGGAUCCCGUGUAUGUGAAUCUACAGGAGCUUCGUUUGGAUCGGAGUGCUGCUACUACAAGCAAUGCUGAAUCUGUGCCCCAGCCUGGCUUCAGCAGUCCCCUGAGCAACUGGGAGACCCACACGGACACAGAAAGUGGUCAAUUGUUCUAUUACAACCCAGUGACUGGCCAAACUACGUGGGACUCUCCCUUUGACACCUCUGUGAACAGCACAAAUCCCGCCCAAGCUCCCUCACCUUUGCUCACGCUGAGCCCGGCCACACCUGCAGAAUGGGAUCAGUAUGUAGAUGAAGCCAGCGGACAGGUGUUCUUCUACAACACGGCUACAGGCGAAUCUUCGUGGGAUGCGCCCCAAGUGAACGAAACGCCUGACUACCCAGAGAUGCAGCCUGCAUUUCCCUCCUACAGCCCUGCACCUCGGAGGCCUCCGACUCCUGAAACUGACUACCCCAACCUUUCUCCCGAUGAACUUGAACACUACCCAGAAGAAGAUUACUCGCCGGUUGGCUCUUUCAAACAUCUGGAUGUUCCUCCACCGUAUUCAGAGUGGGCCUCCUAUGGCAGCCAGGAGGGGAUGGUGUUUGAUGGCAACCAUUAUGGUACUGACACGGUGAAUGUGUCUGGACAUCAUCACAGUACCAGCAGUGGGUCUAGCCUGGACAGCAGUCCUUUUGGGAACUGGUCACCCAGCUCAGCAGCUUUUUCUGGUUUGAAGGAAGAGCAGAUACAAACUCUUGAAAAGGCUGGGAUGCUGCAUCGGACCAAAAUAACUGAUAAAGGGAAGCGUUUGAGGAAGAACUGGAGUGCAUCAUGGACAGUCUUGGAAGGUGGUGUCUUGACAUUUUUCAAGGACUCCAAGCAUUCAGCUUCUGGCGGCGUGAAACAUCCUUCUGUGUUGAGUUGCCCAGAGUAUACCGUGGAUCUUCAAGGAGCAACACUUUCUUGGGCAGCCAAAGACAAGUCUAGCAAAAAGAAUGUCUUGGAGCUGAAAACACGGGAUGGUUCUGAAUACCUGAUCCAGCAUGAUUCAGAGACCAUCAUUGGCACGUGGCAGAAGGCCAUUGCUCACAGCAUCAGCAAACUGCCCACAGACAUCCCUCUGGAAGAGGAAGAAGAAAACACAGAUUUGAAAUCCAAGGAGACUCCAGGAAGCAACAAAGAGAGAGAGGGUGAAAAGAAGAGUCCAGCUUCUUGGCACUCAUCCAGUUCGCUCAACUCAGACUCUGAUACCAACAAAGUCCGAAAUAAGCUCCGGAAGUUUUUGCAGAAGCGUCCGACCCUCCAGUCCCUGCGGGAACGAGGCUACAUCAAAGAUCAAGUGUUUGGAUGCGCUCUACAAGUCCUGUGCGACCGUGAGAAGAGUACUGUGCCUCAGUUUGUUAAGCAAUGUAUCACCGCUGUGGAGAAGAGAGGCUUGGAUAUUGAUGGACUCUACCGGAUAAGUGGAAAUCUAGCUACAAUACAGAAACUGCGCUACAAAGUUGACCGUGAUGAGCGCUUGGACCUUGAUGACGGCCGUUGGGAUGAUGUUCAUGUUAUCACCGGGGCACUCAAGCUCUUUUUUCGAGAGCUGCCAGAGCCACUCUUCCCUUUCAGCCAUUUUGACAAAUUCAUCGCUGCCAUUAAAAUUACCGACCCCUCUAAGCGAACCCACCGCUUACGGGAACUGGUGAAUUCUCUACCUCCUGCAAACCACAACACCAUGAGGGCUCUUUUUCAACACCUCUGCAGGGUUAUAGAGUACCGAGAGGAGAACCGGAUGUCCAUACAAAGCAUUGCAAUCGUGUUUGGACCAACGUUACUGAAACCAGAGGUCGAAGAAGGAAAUAUGACUAUGCACAUGGUUUUCCAGAACCAGAUUGUGGAGCAAAUCCUAACCCACCUCAGCUACAUAUUCCCAGAGAGCUAAACCCUCCCAGCAGAACACAGGAGUCUGGGUGAAUGAAGGAUUGGCCUCAACGCAAGGGCAGGUCACAUUGCUACAGGAAGAAUGUUGCUGGGCAGUGUGAUAUCAAACUGGGAAGAGAGUACAUGGACAAGCAAUAAAACUUAUCGCUACAGGUUGCUGGUGAUUGCCUUUUUCCAGUGCUAGGCACGUGGGAUAUGAAACUCCUGUUGGACAUGAAGAAAAAGCUAAUUGUCGGGCAAAAUUGUUGCUUUGGACAAAUGUUUGGGAAGGAGGAGACUUUUAUAGCUAUGCCAACAUGACGGUUUCGAGUUCAAAUGUCAUGGUUUCCUGUUAAAUAAUUCUGGGAAUUGUAUUGUUAAAGUAUUGUGACUCUUUUGGGUGAACAAGGUAAGGCUGAAGAUGUUUCACGCUUCCUUUGAAUGUGAGACUCCCUGACUCUGUGCCGUCUGGCAUCCACAAGAUCUUUGUUUGCUUCCUUGCAGCGCAAGAAACAGCAAGCUACCAAUCCAUGAUCAUGGUAGAGAAUGCAAAUUUGUCGCGUUGACCCCAGGCUUCUAAUUUAUUUAUUCAUUCCAAUAUAUGUGUGUGAGUUGGCUGAAAGGAUGGGAACUUAUCACGCUAUGAGAGUUUGAUGUGUGUCUGUUUAGCUUCCUGCUCUAGGUAUGGGUAACAAUGAGGUCUAAAUUGGAUGGAAGUCCGGUGAAAUCUGGCAGGUUUAGAAGCCAAGCUGUACUGUUAGUAUACCUAUGCUACUGCUUCACUAUUCUCAUAGACAAGUCCAUUGUCUUCCCAUAUACAAUGUGUCCCACAUCUCUUCAAAAAUUAGACGCCUUGAUAGAAAAGCCUUUGAAUGUACAUUCCCAUGGGGAACGACUGGAUUUUGUGACUUGGAGUAUUCUUGGAGUAUUCUGUAUUUCCACAGGAAGAAGAUCAGAUGAUGGAUGAUACAGCUUAUUGUUGAGUAGUGGAUCCAGCAAUUAUUACAGAGCAGAAAAGGUGCUUUUUGGGAUUGUAACUCCCAGAAUCCCCUAGCUAGCAUUGCCAGUGGAUAUGUUGGCUGGGGAGUUCUGGCAAUCCCAGUCUCAAAAAGUAUCAUUUCCAAGCUUUGGUGCACUCUACUAAGUUGUGCUGAAUAUGGAUUUGUGGCAACAUUCCCUUCGUGUUGUCGAAGGCUUUCAUGGCCAGGAUCACAGGGUUGUUGUAUGUCUUUCGGGCUGUGUGGCCAUGUUCCAGAAAUAUUUCUGGAACAUGGCCACAUAGCCCGAAAGACAUACAACAACCCUGCAAUUCCCUUCUUCCACGGUGCUCUUGGUGCUAAAUCCAGGGUUCAACAAUGAUAUACUAUAAGACAGGGAUGGGGAAGAUGUGGCCCUGAAGAUAUUAUUUGGGCCAUCAGCCAUCAUAAGGCAGUAAUUGUGAUUGAUACAAGUGGCAAUCCACUAACAUUUGGAGGGUCACACAUUCUCUAUCCCUCCUAUGGAGAACAUUGCUCCAAAAUGACAUUUACCUUGCUGUACUCAAAGUUCGAAGUCUGUGUAUCUGCUGCUCUAGCUUGACUCUGGAUUGGUAAUCCUGUAAUGACUGAGCACAUGGAGAUAGCAAAUUCAGUGACUUUGCUAUAUCGGGAUGUUUUUUAAAGAAAGGAUAUUUCCUAUCCACCUCACAACCUUCCUUUCUCAAGUGAGGCAGGAAAAGAUGGUUGCAUCUUAGACUUUAGUGGGCAUUGAGGGCUCUGCUGCACCACACACACUCAUCCAUCACAAAGACAUUUUGCUUUUUCCAUGUCUUUGCCUCCGGUCUAAGCCAAUACAAGUUGUUUCCUUUCCUUGCACUGUGGUGACUACUUCAGUAUCCAUAGGGAACUUGAUUCGCCCAAAAGAAAAACUUGAGAAAGCAGUAGCACUAUGCUACUACUGUUAAGUGCCUUAUUACCAGAGCUUGGGAAAUUUCUAAAUUAUAGCACCCAGAAUCCCCUGGUCAGAAUGAGUACUGGCUAUACUAGCUGGGGAUUGUGGGAGCUAUAGUUUGAAAAUGCAACUUUUCCAACUUCUGCUUAGCACUCACUGCCUCCUAUGUCAUGACAGCAAAGUCAAUGAAAACAGAGUUGUAGAAGAGCUGAAUUUUGCUCUCUGGGUGUAUUCUUGAAGCUGUGCACAUUUCUAAACAGGAAUAUAAAUUGUAGUGCAAAUAACUACCUAUUUGUUAAAUAUUUGUUGGAAAAUUACUUCCUCUUCCUGCAAAGAACUGAUAAUUGUGUCUGUUCUUUGUCUCAGCAGAAAUAUGAGACCUGGAAGCUUCAGUUUGGUAAUAAACAAUUAGCACAUCCCCAUUGUGGUGCGGGCUUUGAAAAAACACUGAGUGAUCCAACUCCUGACACAUUAUCUCACUUCCUAUGUUAAGCGGGUGUUGAUUUUAGAAAUUGUGCCUUUUUUAGGAUGACUGAUCCAAAGAAAAAUUGUUGCUCUCAACCAUCAUUCGUGAUGUUUUAUUUUUAAAUAAACAGUAACCCUUAAAAAAAACAA